UGAGAGAACCUGUCAACAUUACUUUAUAUUUCCAGCUCUUUGUUGCUGCUCUUUUAGAGCUUUAAUCAAACGCUUAACUCCGGAUUUAGAAGACUACAGCAGGUUAUAGUGUGGUUGUAUUUGUUAGGAAUACUUUGUGUGUGUUUUUAGUGUGAUUCAGAGCCAGGAAACUAGAUAAUAAGGUCACUAGUUCUAGCUGUAGCUUCCUCUGUUCUGGCUGUCUGACGUCACCUGGCUGCUGAAUCUGUCCCACAGUUUAGAGGUUUUAUAGCAAAACACACUCUGACCAGUCAGAUUUAGUGAUGUGUUAUUAUGUUUUGAGUUAACAUCAUUAUGUUAGACACUUCCGGUCUGUGAUGUUUAGACUGACUGGUGUUUUCAGAGCAGUCAGGAGGACAGACCUCUGCAGGAGCCUCUGCAGAACCAUCCUCUGCAGGACAGACCUCUGCAGGAGCCUCUGCAGAACCAUCCUCUGCAGGACAGACCUCUGCAGGAGCCUCUGCAGAACCAUCCUCUGCAGGACAGACAGUAGGACAGUCUGCAGGACAGACUACAGGAGCCUCUGCAGAACCAUCCUCUGCAGGACAGACAGUAGGACCACCAUCCUCUGCAGGAGCUUCUGCAGCAGCACCGACAUGGCGAAGGGCAAGUUCUACUACGCAGUAAAGACAGGAUUCAAACCAGGAGUCUACAGUUCAUGGGAUGAAUGUAAGAGCCAGGUGGACAAAUUUCCCGCUGCCUCUUUCAAGAAGUUUGCGUCAGAGAAAGAUGCCUGGGCGUUCUUCAGAGGAGUCGAACCCACGCCAGUUCCAGAGGUGAAGAAAGUGGCUCCGUGUGUGGAGUCGGCCGAUGCUCUGCUUCCUAAAAGAGGCCCGGAGCCUCUGGAGUACAUCCCCCUCGGGAAGAAGAGAUGUCACUCAGAGGAGGACGCGGAGUCCCAGCCCAAACGAGUCAAACCGUCAGAGAGCUCGUCUUCAGAAAGCUCGUCUUCAGAAAGCACAGACGGAUUCACAUACAUGGGUGAUGCUGUGGUCGUUUACACCGACGGUUGCUGCUCGUGCAACGGACAGAAGGGCGCCCGAGCCGGCAUCGGGGUGUACUGGGGCCACAACCACCCGCUAAAUGCUGCAGAGCCGCUGGAGGGAAGACAAACCAACCAGCGUGCAGAAGUACAGGCUGCCUGCAAAGCGCUGGAACAAGCCAAAGAGAACAACAUAAAGAAGCUGGUCCUCUACACCGACAGCAAGUUCACGAUCAACGGUGUGACCACCUGGGUGAAGAACUGGAAGCUGAACGGCUGGCGGCUGAAAUCUGGAGGUCAGAUCACCAACAAAGACGACUUUGUGAAGCUGGACCGACUGAAUGCAGAACUGGAGGUCGUCUGGCUGCACAUCCCGGGUCACGCCGGCUACAAAGGCAACGAGGAGGCCGACAGACUGUCGAGAGAAGGAGCCGCGAAGCCUCGGCAGCAGCAGCAGCAGCAGCAGCAGCAGCAGUAGUAGCAUGAAGGAAGACAAAGACUCUUUAACUGUUACAGAGAUCUGCUGCAGGACUGUUCACGUCUUCUCUGGUUUCAUACAGAGGUUUAUUUUUCAGUUUGUGAGCUGGAACCCAGAGAGGGAAGUCUGAGAGUUUUUCUGUUUAAAUGUUGAUUUUGAAUUCUGUGUUCUCGCUCUAAAUAAAGUUUCUGCUUCAA